AUGAAGAGAACAAUUGCAUGGGAUUGCCGAAAUUCCGAUAACCUACCCUGUUCCAUUGGUCUCGCUGGUAGCAGAGCUCCAGUUCCUCGGGGUCGAAUAACGAGCCUGCUCACUGCUCAUUCCAAUCGUCUCAUCAGAAUAAACCUAUUCUACCCAGAUUUCAAUGGGCAAAACUGUGAAGUCGCCCGGUCGCAUUGUCCUUCAGCAGCGGCCAACUCUCUGAAUGGCUCAAGUCACAUGAGUCUGCCUGUACUCUCUUCGGAAGCGGUUCGUCGCCAUACACAGAGUCAUAGGAAUAAAUAUAUAUGCAUUGUAUGCAUGUGGGUGUGUGUUUGUAUGUACACACAAAUGGUAAUGUGUUAG